CUCUAUAACCGGAGUCCGAGGCCGUCACGUGGUCAUGGACCAGUCAGAGUCACGUGAUUGAGUCAGGGCCAAUCAGGUUGCACUACAGUGGUCCAGCGGUGUGUUUUUGACACACACGGGUUCCGCGUCACCAUCGGUUCUAAACCCCUCUCUCUCUCAUUUUACUGCUUUUUCAUCCGCACACAGUGGGACGUGUGAUGGAGUCAGUUUGGUUGCUGUGGUGAUGCAAUGGAGGUGUGUGUGCUGGUUGCUGCGUUGCCGUGGCAGUGAGUGUGUGUGAGUGUGUGUGUGUGUGUGUGUGUGUGUGUGUGUGUGUGUGUGUGUGAUGCUGCGCUGGACGGUGUGUUUGGAUGGCGGCCCCCGCAGGGUGAAUCACGCGGCGGUGGCUGUGGGACAUAAAGUGUACUCGUUCGGAGGUUACUGCUCGGGGGAGGACUACGAGACGCUGCGGCAGAUCGACGUGCACAUCUUCAACACCGUGUCUCUGCGGUGGACAAAGCUCCCUCCAGUGAGGACCGGAGGUAGGGAACACGCUCGGGAAGUGCCCUACAUGCGUUAUGGACACACAGCUGUGCUGGUGGAAGAUACCAUCUACAUCUGGGGGGGGAGGAACGACACGGAGGGGGCGUGUAACGUACUGUACGCCUUCGACGUUGGCAGUCACCGGUGGUGGACACCAAAGGUCACAGGGACGGUCCCCGGGGCGAGAGACGGACACUCAGCCUGCGUCCUCAACAAAGACAUGUACAUAUUCGGGGGAUACGAACAACUGGCUGACUGUUUCUCCAAUGACAUACACAAGCUGGACUCGAUCAUUAUGUGCUGGAGUUUAAUUAAAGCUACAGGAACGCCGGCGAGGUGGAGAGACUUCCACUCAGCGACGAUUAUCGGCAGUAAGAUGUUUGUGUUUGGGGGACGCGCCGAUCGUUUCGGUCCGUUUCACUCCAAUAACGAGAUUUACUGCAAUAAGAUCAAAGUGUUCGACACGGAGACUAACAGCUGGCUCAACACGCCCACCAAUCAGCUUCAGCCUGAGGGACGCCGCAGCCACUCAGCGUUUGCGUAUAACGGAGAGCUGUACAUAUUCGGAGGCUACAACGCUCGACUGGACCGGCACUUUAAUGAUCUGUGGAAGUUUAACCCAGAGGCGUUCUGCUGGAAGAAGGUGGAGCCAAAGGGGAAGUUCCCAUGUCCCCGCAGACGACAGUGCUGUUGCAUUGUGGGAGAUCGAAUCAUCCUGUUUGGAGGAACGAGGUACACACACUUUUUAUUAUUUACUCUGUCAUUCAUCAUCUUCAUCACACGCUUCAUCACACUCAUCAUGUUCAUCACACAUCACUCUUCAUCACACUCAUCACUCUUCAUCAUCUUCAUCCCACUCAUCACACUCUUCAUCAUCACACUCUUCA